UGUGUGUGAGAGAGAGAGAGGUGUAGUGCUGGACUGCCUCAGAUCACUCCUCGGUGCUAUUGGAGGUAGACCGCAGCCGGCAGCAUGAUUCUGUUCACACUUGGACUAUAUUUUCAACUCCUCUGCUAUGUGGCGUCAUUCUCUUACGUGGAUAAUAUAUUCCCUCAUCCAACAGAUCUCCAGUUGCUGGAAACCAGAAAGAAAUUCAACCCCUGCUGUUUACUGAGUCCACCUCCGCCCCCUCUCUUCCCUCCACCCCAGUCACUGUGGCGGCAGGGCCCUCUGACUGUGACUGUUGUUCCACCAAAUGAAUGGAACUCAGAAGGGAAGCACAAUCCCACACCCCCCAUGUGUUCCCCAGGGCCUCCAGGACCAGCAGGACCUCCUGGCCCUCAGGGUCCUGCUGGACUGCCAGGACCAAAGGGACCAAAGGGAGAUAAGGGUGAAAUUGGAAGACCUGGACAAAAGGGACGCACUGGCCCUCCUGGUCUUCCAGGACGACAGGGACCAAGUGGAUGGCAAGGACCAACUGGGUCUAAGGGGGAGAAAGGCGACCCUGGGCUGAUGGGCAUGCCAGGGGCAAGAGGACCAAUUGGACCCAAGGGCUUACCUGGACAUAAGGGAGAAAAAGGCUCACAAGGUUUAAGAGGUGAAAUUGGCUCAAAAGGUGACAAAGGAUCAAUGGGUCUUCCUGGAAUGCUUGGCCAGAAGGGUGAAAUGGGCCCAAAAGGAGAACCUGGAAGCUCAGGGAACAGGGGACCCACCGGCCGCCCAGGAAAAAGAGGAAAGCAGGGUGCAAAAGGUGACAUUGGUGCAACUGGACCCAUGGGUCCUGCAGGCCCUCAGGGGGCCAAUGGUCACCCUGGCCCUCCUGGUUUGCCCGCCUCAGGACUGUACAUGGUAGGACAGAAAGGAGAGAAGGGGCAAUCUGGCAGCCCAGGCCGCUGUGGCUGCAAUGCCGCAUCGAGUGCCAAUCCCUCCUUUGACCACUGGGGCAGCUAUCCCAGAGUGCCAGCGAUAUUUGUGGUGAAUAACGAACAGGAGCUGAACCGCCUCCAGACUGAUAACGCUUUGGCCUUCCGUAAAGAUCAGAGGUCACUUUACUUCAAAGACAUUGACGGCUGGAUGCCAAUUCAGUUAAUACCGUUCCAGUCGAUGGAGCGUGAUCCUGACCAGGAGGGUUUCUGUGGAGACAGCAUUGUGCAAGUUGAGAACGGAGAGGAGUGUGAUGAUGGAAAUAAGGUGGUCACAGAUGGCUGUGUCAAGUGCAAACUUGCAUAUUGUGGAGAUGGAUAUCGCUAUGAAGAGGCAGAGGAGUGUGACAGAAAGGAUUUUGGAUUUCACACAUGCAGAUCCUUUUUGCCUGGAUCUUAUGGACAUCUCAAGUGCACAGCUGACUGUUUCAUUGACUCAACAAACUGCAAGUAUUUCACAUGAGGACACAAGAAAGCAGUGUCUCAUUUCAGCUGGUGAGAUCCAUAUAAACAACGACACUGAAAACCGUAGAUUCAGCAGAUAAACCGAGGUAGAAAUCAUUGAGGGAAUUAUCACAAACACAUUAGCUGAACUCCUCUGUUGACAUGAUGCUGAGAGGCCAUGUAGAUCACACGGGAAAAGAAUGCUCGGCAAAGCCAAGUUGUGCUCGCGCACUUAAGAACUCUUAACAGGACUUCAGACACCAUUCUCCGUUCAUUCAGCCUCUGCUGCCUGCCGCUCUGCCCUGGCUUGACAUUUGGCCAGCGUGGUUGGCUGCACUAAGAGGAAACAGGUAAGUUGGGUGCCUCUUGGAGAUGGGUAAAGGACUCCUCAAUACCUCAAAGUACUGUAGUACUGUUUCAGAGGAAAGCCAUUUUCUCCUGGUCAACCCCACCUUCCCUCACACAGGGUGCUCUGUAUGUGGAAUGCAAUGAGACUUUGUUACUAUAGUAUUUUGCAUGAGGCUGAGAUUGCUGUAGACAUGUCAGCAGAGAUCAUUACCAAGGCAUGUAACUGAACAAAACAAAAGUGGCUCAUAUCUUUAAAUGUAAUAUUAUGUAGGCUUAGACCAAACUGGUGCUUGGCCCUGGAUGAAACCUAAUAAUUUCAUUUUCUUAAACGACACUGAUGUACAUUAGGGUUAGUACAGUUUUGCAUACUAGGUCCAAAAUUAGCUUGUUGCCAUACAGCCCAAUAGUGGGUAAAUUGAAGAAAAAAUGGAAUUUAAGAGCUCAUAAAAUGGCACAAUUAUAAGCCAAAUGACUGUUUAAUUGAUAAACAUAUCAAGUCGCUCAAUAA